AGUUUCCUGGAGGCGGUCGGUGUGCAGCCUCCAGCUCCGUCCCGCCCGCCCGCUUCGGCCCGUGCGCCCAGCGCGCAGCCCGAGUCCUGCAGACCCAAGGUGCCAGGGUUGGAGGACUGAGUUCCCGGAUUCUGCAGCACAGUUCCCGGCGGCUGCUUACAGAGAUGCCUGGAAGGAGGGCUCGUAAGAGCGCUCAGCAGAGCCCGACGCGGGCCCCGGCAGAUCCUGAAGUUGAGUGUGCCAUUCAGUUCAGAAUUGGAGACAAACUGAAUUUCCGGCAGAAACUUCUGAAUUUGAUAUCCAAACUCUUCCGCUCAGGAACCUGACUUUAGAAGCUUUCGAAUGAAGAAUGAAGAGACUCCUUUCAAACGGAAGAUUCCCCAGUAAGUGCAAAUUUCAUCAAUUAGAGGAGAGACUGCCUUGUCAUGGAGAUGAACAACGUGAAGGAGCUCUCACUUGCUUCCAGAUGCCCUCGGACACGAAGAUGGAUACAUCAAAAAUGAAUUGUUGUUGGAGGUUUUCCAGAAGUCAUCGUUUGGGAUGUGAGAACAUUAAAAAAACACUUUGUUUAUUUUAAAACAAGAAUGGAAGAGCUUUGAAAAAAGGAAAUUAAUUAUUUAUACAUUUUGGUUUUGCUUAGAGACUUGUUCUAGUAUUUUUGCUAAAGGUUGCUGCCCAGUGUAUGAGGAGUUGACAAAUGAUUAGACUGUGGGCAGGGGCCAAGAAACAGAACAUGUUCAAUGUUUGUUUCUACUUUUGGAUGACAACUCCAGAACAAUGUAUAAUCUUUGGUUUAUAUAUAUUCUUAAAAGUAAAAUUUUUUUCUGAGAACACUGAAUGUCAUAGUGAAUGUUGAUUUCAUAGGUCACUACAAAAUAUAAACUAAUUUGAUAGUUUCUUUUUACUCAAAAUGUAUGGUUUCUGUUCAGAUGACCUUUUAUUAAAUGUGUUCCUAUGGGCCUUAACUGGGAAAUUAUAUGCUUUGAAAAAAUUUGAAGUGUUACUUGGUGCCAGUGGAUUCUUGCAGGUUGAAUAUUAAAAGAUAAAGAAGCAUGGGGAUUUUUGCAAAACUGGCAAUAAUGAAAAAUAAGUGACUUUUUUUUACUGCUGUAACUAUAACUUAGUAAAACAAAUAUUCUAACGUAACUGUUGGUAAGAAAAUAAAUGUGCUUCUAAAGUUUCUAAAAUCUGUAAAAUGUCCCUUCUCAUACUAGUCAGUGUGCAUUGUAUAAGAGUGAUCUUUUAAGAGAAAUUAAGCAUGUUUUCAUAUUUGGGAUACAUACAUAUAUUUUUAAAGGAACAGAUUGCUCAUCCAGAAUGAAAAUCCCAUUUAUAUACA